UAAUAUACUACUCAUAAACCUCAACUAUCUCUUCUUCACCUUCGCCGGUGUGCCACCCAUCCCGCCGGAAUAACAUCUAAAUUAUUAUAUACAUGAGUAUAUUAUAAUAUAAUAAAUAAUUAUAACCCAUUUCUUAUUGGGUAUCAAUAAUAUUAUUUAUUUUCAAAUGAAUUUGCAAAUGCAGGGGAACAACUUUAUCAUUAAUCCAUGUUUAAGCAAUAACUUUAAUUCACCCUCCCUUAAUUACUUUCGGUUACACUUACCAGGUGUGCAUUCUAAUAGCCUCCAGUUAUGGCGUGCAUCAUGUAAUAAAGGAAGAUGCUCCCUCAGAACCAAUAACUUUGUAUUUUGCAAAAGGCCAAUUAUGAACUUAGAAAGACCUUUUUGCUUAACUGCAGCCCACAAUCAGCCCAAAAGAAGCCUUAUAAGAAUCAGUGCAGCAUCUUCUGGAUCUCUAAGUCAAGAAAUUUUUCUGCAAGCGUCUGAAAACGAGUUUGAAGUUAGUUCAAGCAAUGCUGAGACUUUUCAGCCUAAUCUCAAGUUUGAGAACAGAUUUCUUACUUUUGCACGCCUAGGUUCAUUUGUUAAUAAUGCCGCAGAAUCUUUUUUCAAGAGCGAGAUACGUAGAAGGUUAUUUGUUACUGCUGCACUACUUAUGAUUAGUCGGGUAGGGUAUUUUAUUCCUCUUCCUGGGUUUGAUAGAAGAUUGGUGCCAGAGAACUACCUUAGCUUUGUUUCAGGGUCAGUUGAGGAGCUUGGUGAGCUGGCACCAGAACUUAAACUUUCCCUCUUUCAGCUUGGGAUCAGUCCCCAGAUUGGAGCUUCGAUUGUUAUGCAGGUACUUUGCUAUGUUAUUCCUUCGUUGGUCAAGCUGAGAAAAGAAGGAUUGGAUGCUAAUGAGAAAAUCAAGAGUUAUACAUGGUGGAUGUCAUUUGGUUUUGCAAUAGUAGAGGCACUCAUCAUUUCUUAUUUUUCACUUUCAUAUUCAAUUUAUGCUGCAAAUGCCAGUCAAAGGUUGAAGCACGUCAUGUUGACAUCGAUGUUAUUGGUCUCUGGUGCAAUGACUACGACCUGGAUCUGUGACAAAAUCUCAGAUUCUGGAUUCGGUCAUGGAUCAUCUUUGUUAAUAUGCGUGAAUAUCUUGACUGGCUACGUAGAGACGCUCUACAAAAUGUUAUCUCAGCUCUCAGGAAGUUCUGUUGGAUGGUGGCCUUAUGUACUUGCAGUUUCGGGCGUCUUCAUAUUUGUUACUAUGUGGGCAGUUGUUGUAACCCAGGGUUGCAGAAAAAUCAAGCUACAAUACUAUGGAUUCAAACUUGCAUCUUCCACAAGAGAAGACUCUCCGGUUACAGAGGUCGAGCAAUAUAUCCCCUUCAAUAUUAAUCCAUCUGGGAUGCAGCCUGUUCUUACUACCAGUUAUCUGUUGGGUUUUCCGGCUAUUGUGGCAAGUUUUUUUACUUCGCGAUUUUGGACAAACGUGAGAGAGAUUCUAAAUCCUGAAUCAUCCCUUGGAGCGGCGCCAUGGGUCUACUAUACAAUAUAUGCGUUCUUCGUGUUUGUUUUCAACAUAUUUGAUAUCGCUAACAUGCCCAAGGAAAUUGCUGAGUACUUAAAUAAGAUGGGUGCAAGGAUACCAAAUGUAAAGCCCGGAAAGGCCACCGUUGAAUAUCUGGCAAAGAUUCAAGCUUCAACCCGGUUCUGGGGUGGUUUGCUGCUGAGCAUAUUGGCCACGUCAUCAACAAUACUUGAUCAUUAUUUGCGAAAAAGGAAUGAUGGAUUUUCAAUAGGGUUCACAUCUGUUCUUAUCAUCGUGGGCUCGAUCAUUGAACUGAGAAGAUCUUAUCAAGCAUACAAUGUAAUGCCAAGUUUAAGCAAAGCUUUAAAAAGAUACGGUGUAUAAUAUGUGAAGGAAAAAUUCCAGAAGCUUCAGUUGUACCAGAGGGUAACAUCAGGAGCCAAACCAUAUCAAAAUUCAAAAAGAGUUGCAACUAAGAGCUCUCUUCUAAACAAAACAAGGCAACAAACAUGUAAAUAGAAACUUUCUUGUCCGUUCUCUUACUAGCUCAGGCAGCAAGGAAGAUUUUGUAUAUCGCCAGUUUCUCGAGUCCCCAGGUCGCAGCUCUUCCAACCAUGUAGCUACUGUAUGCAAUAUAUUUCCGGGCACACAGGAAGUCGGUGGCUGUUAGAAAUCAACUACCAAUACCGUUUUGUGAACAGUAUUCCUAAUUUUUGAAGGAAACACUUGAUGCUAAGUUGUGUAGAAAUAAAUUCUUAGGUGAAAUUGUUGUUCGGAUAUUGGCACAUUUAGACUCGCAUAAUUACAUCGAUGUUUUUUGGGUAGAAAAUGUGAAUGUAGUAUCUUAAAAUUUGUUGUUCAAAGUGUCAACAAUGGUACCAAAGGUAAAUGGUGUUGCCGAAAGUUAUACAACCAAAUAAAUUCUUAUCAGUUUAUUUUAAAAGUAAGAUUAUUUCAAUUGAUUGAGAAUUCAAA